AACGAAAACGACGACCAAAAAACCAACAACAAAGACGACGACCAAAAAACCAACAACCAAACCUACCACAAAACGCACAACAACUAAAAAGAAAACCAGAUCUUUACAGAUUCCUUCAGAAUCGAUGUCUGAUUUAGUUCGUUUUGACGAUUUGUUGAAUGGUAAAAUAACUAAUCGAGCCUCGAGUACUUAUGCCGAUAGCCCGGCCGUCAUUAUUGGAUGGGGAACAACAAUCUCUCCAGGAGGAAGCCUUUCAAAUACAUUGUUAAAAGCUGAUGUCGUAGUGGAGGACAACGCAAUCUGCGCCAGUCAAUAUCCCGAUUUCGUCGGCGAUAAUAUGAUGUGUGCCUCGUUUACAGAACCAGUAAACCCGCCAACGGAGGAUCCGAUUAUUACAACGGAGGAUCCGAUUUUUACAUCGGAAGAUCCGAUUUUUACAUCGGAAGACCCUCUAUCGCCGCCGCCAUCAACGGCCAAUCCAUUGUGUUCACCAGCUCUCUCGGACUGGGCGACUGAAUUAGUGUCACUGGAAUAUUUAUUCAAUAGAACUGCUGGAACGGUACAGACGAGGGCAAACACUUGCGAGCAGGGUCUCGACAUUGGCGGUCCACUUUUCGUCGAUGGAGUUCAAGUUGGUAUAAAUUCCUUCGGCUAUAAUGUUGAUUGUGCUGAUCCUAGUUAUACUGGCUUAUACACCCGAGUCACCGCUUAUCUUGAGUGGAUUGCAACUACAAUGGCCAACAAUCCGUAAAAAGGUGAAAUAAUGGAAAUUCGUCAUGACUAUAGUCUAUACGAACAGUCUGCAAAGUUUCAUUUCAAUGUCAUGAAAAUGGUUUUAUCAAAGUUCUGCCCUUUUUUAUCAUCUAGUUAUUGUUAUUUGCAUAGAUUUUAGUGGUUCAUGUGUGUUGGGUGUAUUAGUUAUGCGUAUUGGAAGUACACAAUAAAACCAA